GUUUGGUGGAAUCCGGGGUUGAAUUUACAUUUCUCUGCAACUGUAUCUAGAUUUUGAGCUCCGAUGAAAUUACCCACUGGCCAAUUCACAAUGUUCACAAUGUUCAAUAAUUCCUUUGUGAUCAUUUCCUCUUCUUUUUUUUAAUUAUUUUGUAGGAUUGACUUUCUAUAUGUUCACAAAGGAUGAACACGUUGGCUUGGUUACCACUCAACGACUCGACUGUUUAAUUUCUGUAUAUUCUCUUUUUCUGACGCCUCAUACCACUCGACUGCACUAUCAGUUUUGAAAGUGUUCAAUGGAGAAAUCACGUACUAAAUUCCUGCUUUGCAUUGUUGCAGUAAUCACCUUGGUAUCAAUGCCCUUCACGCUUGCGAUGGCGGCCUUGGGGAACGAAACAGAUAGACUAGUAUUGCUUGCUUUGAAAGAUGAGCUUGUUGGUAGUGGUAUACUUUCAUGGAAUGCUUCACUCCAUUUUUGCGAGUGGCAAGGCGUUCGAUGUGGUGGGCAGCAUCAAAGGGUUAUCGGUUUAAGCCUGGCCAGCAUGAAACUUGGUGGCUCCAUAUCUCCAUCAAUAGGGAACUUAAGUUUCCUGAGAGAGGUUAACUUCUCCAAUAAUAGCUUGAAAGGUAACAUUCCUAGGGAAUUUGGCCAUUUGAAACGGCUUCGUUCACUGAAUCUAAGUUACAACAAUCUCCAAGGUAACAUCCCUAUAGAGCUCAACAAUUGCUCCAACCUGCAGUUUCUUAUGUUGAGGGACAACAGUUUCUCUGGGACAAUUCCCUUUCAAUCAGGGGAGAAUAUGAUUAAACUCUCUCUUGCUAGCAAUGAUUUCGUUGGGGGAAUCCCAUCUUCAUUAGGAAAUCUUUCGUCCCUGGAUUAUCUCCAACUUGGGAAUAAUCACUUGGAAGGAGAUAUACCCUUUGAUAUCGGCAGAUUAUACAACUUGAAAACACUUGUUCUUAGUCAAAAUAAUCUGUCUGGAACCAUACCUUCUUCCAUUUACAACCUUUCCGCCAUGAGAGCUCUUGGGAUGGGCUUAAACAAGUUACAUGGUGGUCUUGAAUCUCAACUGGGUUUUGCUUUUCCGGAACUUGAAAUACUGCAUUUCGGAGACAACCAAUUCAGCGGAAGAAUUCCAGCAUCAAUAACUAAUAUCUCUGGCUUGAAAGAGUUUGACAUCUAUUCAAAUGGUUUCAGUGGAUUAGUUCCUGAAAAUAUGGGAAAGCUUCAGAAUCUUGAGUUGUUUUAUAUUGACUAUAACCAUCUUGGGAUUGGGAAAGAAGGAGACUUGGAUUUUCUUCCAUCUUUAACCAACUGCAGUCUAUUGAAAGAUUUGGAUAUCCAUCAUAACAGGUUAGGCGGGGUGUUACCAAACUCUAUAGCUAAUUUAUCAGCCCAGCUUGAACAUCUUUUCAUGGGAGAAAAUCAGAUUUCAGGAAGUAUUCCUGAAGGGAUUGGCAAUCUUGAUAAGCUCAUAGACCUGCAUAUAGGGGAAAACUUGUUUACAGGCGAAGUUCCAACUUCCAUUGGAAAGCUUCGGAAUAUAGGGCGAUUCGACCUGUCUUUGAAUCGUUUAUCUGGUGAAAUUCCAUCCUGCAUUGGCAAUCUUUCUCGAUUGUUGUACCUUUAUUUAAAUGGUAACAAUUUUGAGGGAAGGAUUCCAUUGACACUCAGGAAGUGCAAAGAUAUGCAAGUGAUGGAUCUUUCGCAAAAUAAACUCGGUGGCACCAUACCGGAUCAGCUGAUUGCUGCUUUCCAAAGUUUGAUUACUCUGAAUUUGUCUCACAACUCUUUCAACGGUAGCUUUCCAUCAGCUAUUAGUAACUCCAAGAAUCUUGUCGAGUUAUACGUUGAUAACAACAAUUUCUCAGGUGAACUUUCCGGGGGAUUUGGUGAGAUUUCUGAAUUAAGAAUCUUGCACAUGCAGGGAAACUACUUUCAUGGUAGUAUUCCUCAAGCUCUUGGCACUUUAAGAGGUCUUGAAAGCUUAGAUCUCUCUGGUAACAAUUUGACUGGCACCAUACCACUUGAACUUCAAAAGUUGCCAUUUUUGGUGAGUUUAAACCUUUCUUUCAACCAGUUAGAGGGUGAAGUUCCAGAAGAAGGGGUCUUCAAUAAUACCAGUCAAUUCUCUCUUAUUGGGAACAAGAACCUUUGCGGGGGAAUUCCUGAAAUAGAGCUUCCCAAAUGCUUCAAUCAGGCAGCAAAGGCAAAAAGAAAUGGUUUAUCAACAAAAUCCAUUAUCAUUAUCGUCAUUAGCCUUUUGCUUGCCUCGGUUUCAGUUGCGUUCAUUGCUAUACUUUAUUGGCGAAAACGCUCAGGAAAGGAAAUGAUCCCUUUGGCUUUGCAGCAAGUUAAUUUUGUGCAAGUUUCGUACAAGGAACUUGUUCAAGCAACUAAUGGUUUUGAAGCCUCGAACGUCAUUGGGAAGGGCAGUUUCGGGUCUGUUUAUAAAGGGUUUCUUGAUCAACAAGAAAACCCCGUCGCAAUCAAAGUAUUGAACCUUCAAAACCUUAGGGCUAUAAAGAGUUUCACAGUUGAAUGCGAGGCUUUAAGAAAUGUUCGGCAUCGGAAUCUAGUGAAGCUAAUAACUUGUUGCUCAAGCAUGGACUACCAAGGCAAUGAUUUCAAGGCUAUAGUUUUGGAAUUCAUGGCAAAUGGAACUUUAGAGAGUUGGCUUCAUCAUGAUUAUGAUGAAGAUCACUCGCCACGCCAGCUCAACUUUGCUCAAAUGUUGGACAUUGCUAUAGAUGUGGCCAACGCGUUAGAUUACCUUCACCACCAUUGUCGAACACCGAUCGUUCAUCGAGAUCUAAAACCGACAAAUGUUCUUCUCGAUGAUGACAUGGUUGCACAUGUUGGUGACUUCGGCAUUGCUAAGCUCCUUUCCGAUGCAGCAAGUAAAUUGGAUAACGAGCAAACGACUUCUUCAAUCAUCAAAGGAACUCUAGGCUAUCUCGCCCCGGAAUAUGGAAUGGGUGGUUCUACAUCCCUUGAAGGCGAUAUCUAUAGCUAUGGGAUUCUCAUUUUGGAGAUGAUCACCAGAAAGAGGCCAACCGAUGAUUUGUUUGGUGAUGGAAUGAGCCUUCAUAGUUAUUGUAAGAUGGCAUUGCCAGAAAAAUUUGAGGAGAUUUUAGAUUUCCGACUGCUUGAACAAAUCAAUAAGAAAAGUCAAAACAUAGAUUGUAAAAUGUUGGAUUGUUUGGUUUCAUUCACUAAAGUCGGUGUUGCAUGCUCUGUUGAAGUUCCUGCCCAGAGAAUGAAGAUUGAAGAUGUUGUCACUGAAUUGUAUGCAAUAAAGGCAAGACUGCGUGCUAGGAAUCCAAUUGAUCCUCAACAAAAGCUAAAAAGAGCUAGAGGUUUAACCUAG